AGAAACUUUUGGAGGAGUUGAGUGUGAGAGCUGGCUGAGUGACAAACCUGCUCUACUGCUGCUGCUGCGUUCACUGACCUGUUUCUGCUCCGUGUUUCACUCUCACAGUGAUGACUCACACAAUCACUCCUCUCUUUUAGGGAAAGACGAGCUGCGUGUGUUUGUCUCCACAGUGUGUGGUAACUAAUUAGCUGAUUUGGAUCACCCGGCGCUCCCGGUUCAACCUGUAGGGAAACGUGGCCGUGCGUCGCCAGGUGGACGGCGACAGAAGGCUGCAGUGUGCUUCAGCUGUUCAACUCUUCUCUAACUCCCUCUCUACUCCACUACUUGUGUCCAAUAUGUAUAGCAUGAUGGAACACGAGCUGAAGCCCAGCGGCCAGCCUCCCUCUCACCAGACCAGCCAGGGCAUGUCGCCGGUCACCGGCAACAUGGGCAGCAAUGGCAACUCUCACCCGGGCUCCAAGACGGCGUGCGCUCCUGGAAGUGACCCCAUGGAUAAAGUGAAGCGGCCCAUGAACGCGUUCAUGGUGUGGUCCAGAGGACAGCGACGCAAGAUGGCUCAAGAAAACCCCAAGAUGCACAACUCGGAGAUCAGUAAGCGCCUGGGAGCGGAGUGGAAGCUGCUGACCGACGCCGAGAAGCGGCCCUUCAUCGACGAGGCCAAGCGGCUGCGGGCGGUGCACAUGAAGGAGUAUCCCGACUACAAGUACAAGCCACGGCGCAAGACCAAGCCCCUGCUCAAGAAGGACACUCAGGUGGGCAAGUAUCCGCUGUCAGCGGGGAACCUGCUGGCGGCAGCGGCGCAGGGUCAGGGGGCCAGUCCAAGGAUGGAGAGCUACGGCUGGGGCCCCACGGGCGGAUACGCCGGCAUGCAGGGUGAGGCUCUGGGCUACACACAGCAGCUGCACCGGUAUGACCUGUCCGCUCUGCAGUACCCGCCCUCAAUGACUGCUGCUCAGAGCUACAUGAACGGAGCCAACUCAUACAGCCCCAUGGCCUACAGCAGCAACCCUCAGCAGCCCAGUCCCGUCACCAUGUCCAUGGUGAAGGCGGAGCCAGUGUCCCACUCUCCUCCGACGGGGACGCCGAACCACCACCGUGGGCCUUUACAGGGCGACCUCAGGGACAUGAUCAGCAUGUACAUCCCUGGACCUGGAGGAGACGCCAGCGACCCCACCGCAGCACAGAGAGGUUACACCAGUGUCCAGCAGCACUACCUCACCGGAACUGUCCCACUCACACACAUCUAA